CAUCAAAGAUUCUUCAUUUAUAGGAUUUUCAUUUUCCAAAUGCUUUUUUACUGCAACGUUAUGAACAUAAACUGCACAUGCACUCUAUAUCACAAGGCUUCACAAUGAGUGUUUUUACAUCUAAAGCCUGUCAGGAUGUCUGGUCACAGAGGAGGGCUGUGAUCAUGUGGCCUCAGCUCUGACCUCCAACCCCUUCCAUCUGAGAAAGCUGGACCUGAGUUAUAAUGACCCAGGAGAAGAUGGAAAAACGAUACUGAUGGCUAGAUUUGAAGAUGAGCGUUCCAGACUGGAGACUCUCAGGAUGGAGCCUGCUGGAGUUCAAUACUUGAAACCAGGUCUGAGGAAAUUGAACAGAAACUGCCAGCUGUCCCACGGCAACAGGAAGGUGACCCAUGUGGAGGAGGAUCAGCGGUACCCUGACCAUCCAGACAGAUUUGACUGGUGUCGUCAGCUUCUUUGCACAACUGGUCUGACUGGUCGCUGUUACUGGGAGGUGGAGCGAAAAGGGAGAGUUCAUGUGUCAGUGAGCUACAGAGGAAUCAAAAGGAAGGGAGACAGUGACAACUGUGAGUUUGGAUACAACGAUAAGUCCUGGAGUUUGUUCUGCUCUGAUGGGAUUUACUCUGUCUACCACAAUAACAAAGGAACAUCAGUUCGCCUCCACUCCAUCCCCUCUUCCUCCUCCUCCUCUUCCUCUGCCACCAGCAGAGUAGCAGUCUAUCUGGACCAUCCGGCCGGCACUUUGUCCUUCUACAGAGUUUCCUCCGACUCUCUGAUCCACAUCCACACCUUCAACACCACAUUCACUGAACCUCUGUAUCCUGGGUUUGGUGUUGGCUUCAGGCCCGGUUCCUCUGUGUGUCUCUGUUUGGUUUAGAACAGGAAACACCUGUUCAGUCUGUCAGCAUUAGCCUGUCAUGGUACAAUAUUAUAUAUAUAUAUAAAACACAACAGCCGGGUUUCAAUCAUGAACAUGAAACAGUUUAAGAAAUGUUAACGAAGGAAACCACUGAGACUUUGUACAAAAAACUAAUUAAACAUGUUGGAACUGAUUCAUAUCUUAUAAUUCACAUUUUUAUCACUAAUGUCCAAAUAAUAACUGAGCAAUAAUUUGUGGAGUUUUACGAUGUGUGUCAGGAUAAAAUGGACUGAUGAAAGUUCUCCAGCUCAUUUUAUCUCCAGCUCAUUUUAUCUCCAGCUCAUUUUAUCUCCAGCUCAUUUUAUCUCCAGCUCAUUUUAUCUCCAGCUCAUUUCAUCUUCAGCUCAUCUUCAUCCAGUCAGUUUCUGACUUUACUAAAGGAAUAAUCACUUCAUCUGUCAAACAGUUGCUAUUAUGCAGCACAAAAUGUUGCUGUUUGUAUUUUUAAAGCCUCAGUAUAAUGAGGACAUCCUGUUUAAUUCAAAGACAUCUCAGAUGAGUCGGUUUUAAGACUCUGAACAUUUUAAAUCAUAUUUUUUGCUCUAUUUUGCUUUGAUUUUGUUUUCUUUUUGCCAUAUAAAUGUAUUUCCUCUUCAUACAGUGAUUGUUAUUGGGUGACAUUGGGAUCAGUUUGUUACUGCUUAGUUUCUAAUAUAUAUAAAUAUUACAAUGAUCUUUAGGAAUAUGUGUUUUUCUGGGUUUUUUCCAUCGUUUCUUGCAGUUACAUUCAAAUCAAUCAGAUCUAUAACUGUCAUUAUUCAUUUCAAGCAGCUUUAUUAAGCAUCUAAUCUGUAAGUGUUGGUCAUUUGAUUUAGUCAUUUGCUGAGACUGUAGUUAUAUCUUCUUCACUCUGGUGUCAUGUUAGUUUUAUUUCCUUAUUAUGUAAAACCAUCCAUUGAUGAACUCUGGACAUUUGUUACUCAUUUUAUUAUUAAAACACAUUUUCAACC